AUGAAUGCUCGAUUCAAUGCGCGCUACUUACGCCACUCGGGUGGACUGAAUGUCCAGGUGCGGGACAAUCCUUACUAUCCUGGUCGUGCAAAGAUGGACUCCUGGCUCGAAGUUGUCCCCAAAGAUACUCUUCGCUGGCACGUAACAACACGCCCAUCCGCGUCCGUUCUCAAGAAGACGGUGCAACGAAACGCGCUGCAAAGCAAAUGGUAUAAGUUGUUCUGCCAGGCUCUGUGGGAUCAUGGAUAUACGAGGGAAGGCCGGAAACAGAACACAUGGGAAAAGGGUCUUGCGGGAACCCUGGAGCUCAUCGUCAUAAAGGGUGCUGGAUGGGAUGAGUCUGAAGAGGUCGUGCUAGGCCAGUGCUCCAAGAUCGUGGCGGCCGUUGAGGCAGAACAGCGGAAGACUGGCUAG